AAAAAUAAGGUAGGUCCAGACUAAUAAAACAAACAAAGCUCCCCAACCGAAGCAAAGCAGAUUAGCAGCAACACAGAGAAAACAACAACAACAAGAAGAAGAAGGAGGAGGAGGAGGAGAAGGAGAUCACCAUGAUGCACUACAAGGAGGAAAAAGAGGCAAAGAAAGAAGCUUUCAGGAAGUACUUGGAAUCCAGUGGAGUUCUUGAUGCCCUCACCAAAGUUUUGGUUGCAUUGUACGAGCAGAAUGACAAGCCUUCCUCUGCGCUCGAGUUUGUUCAACAAAAGUUAGGAGGUCCAUCUUUGUCCGAGUAUGAAAAGCUACAGGCUGAAUUAUCAGAUCUGCAGAUGAAGUAUAACCAACUUUUCACAGCUUACCAAGAGACCAGUGCAGAGUUGGAGGAACUUAAGAGCUCACAAGCGCAUACAACACAUAAUGAGGCACCAGGUUCUACCAAGGAGACCACUGCUGCGGAGGCCCAAAAGGAAAAGUUGUAGAAGUGUGGUGGAGAAUGUGGUAUAUUGUUAAGCAAAGUGAAACCUUUAUUUCUGGUAAAUAUAACGGCAUUGUUCCCUGGCUGUAGUACUCAUAGUAACGCCAGGAGUUCACAUUGUGUUUACACUCGCAUGUGGUGGUUGUAUGCCUUUGGAGAGAAGAGUUGGUGGUUUUGUUAACUGAUCUGUAGUGAGUCAGUCUGCUAAUUUAAGAUCCUCUAGUGUUGUUCUUUCUUUGAACUUGGCUAUUUGGGAUACUGUGUUGCUGUUUGAAGAUAUAGCUUCAAUUA